CUAAUCUAGCUAAAGGUGAUACAUUGGACUCUCCUACUGAGAAAACGGUUACUGAUACUAAAGAUGCAUCUCCCGAACGGCGUAUUACUUUUACCAUAAGUAGCGAUUCUUCGCCUGAGGGCAGUAUGACCUUGUCACCGAAAAAAUUCGACUCCAUUGCCGAAGAGGACACACCUUCAGUUGUCGAUGCUGGCAAAGACGAAGAUGAAAAAGUAGAUGAAGUAAUUCUACGACCACGUCUCAUUGAUCGUCAUCCUCAUUUAAUGCCACCAUCCGGCAUUACCACUACACCACGUAAAGUUUUGCGCAGCGCCAAGAGUGUACCACACUUCAAUGUUCGAACAGCAGCUAGUGAAACAGAUAUAUUCGCCAUAACCGGCUCGGGCAAUCCCAUUAGUAUGACACCAGAAGUUCCGUCCAUAUCGUUUAGUAAUUUGCCCAAACACUAUGAAGAUACACCGACAAUUGAAAAAUAUCGCGUCUCACAAUCACUGUAUUCAAUACAAACGGCAAAUGCCGCUCGUGCUGAAGAUUAUUCAAUGCCGCGCUACUUCCGCAAAUCGGCCAUGAUAACGGCCAGUAGUGAAGUAUUGUCGGGAACAGGUCCAACGACAACACCCUCGGCUUCUUCUUCGCGUGAAGAAGUCCGACGUCCCGAGAAGGAGAAGAGCAAACGUUUGCAAAUGUUGAGAGGAGCCUUGCCACCGUUACUUAUACAUUCCGUGUCAUUCCGCAAAACCCGUGAAGAGGGCAAACAAGUGGAUUAAUUAUUUAAAC